AUGCAGGAUACGCAAAAUCACGUCAACAUCGCGAACGUGACAAACAGGGACGAUAACGGGAACGCGACGACGAUAAAAAACCUGAAUAGUAACGCGAGCAUUCUUAGUCUCUUGCAAAUCAUUUGCGGUUCAAAUUUAAACCACAAAAUUGUUGGCAUAGCAACGGGAAAUACGAACGCAUUAAUCGAAAACGCAGUCAAACAAUUGUUUCAAUUGUCCACGUCAACCUUUAAAGGUUCGGAAAAUUCUAGAAACGGUGUUAAAACAUGUUCGUGCAUCGUUCAUCUCGUUUUGUUACAGGAAUUUGCUACUCUCACGAGAGAGCUCAACCAAGCAAGAGAAAGUCUUUUAGAACGAGAGGAAGAAAUAGUAGAAUUAAAAGCUGAAAGAAAUAAUACAAGGCUGUUGCUGGAGCAUUUGGAAAGCCUUGUGUCUCGUCACGAAAGAUCCCUUAGGAUGACUGUGGUCAAGCGGCAGGCCGCUGCACAGUCAGGAGUUUCAAGCGAAGUUGAAGUUUUAAAAGCUUUGAAAAGUCUUUUCGAACAUCACAAAGCUUUAGAUGAAAAGGUUCGGGAAAGGCUUCGAGUCGCAUUAGAAAGAAAUAAAACGUUAGAAGAAGAAUUAAACGCAACCAAAGAUGAAUUACAACAGUAUGUUAUGGGAAGGUCGGGUCAUGGUGAAGAUGAAAAACCCAAAGAAAAUGGACAAAGUGAAACUGGAAUGAUUGUUAUUUUAUUAAUGGUUCAACAGCAAGGAAUGUCCAAUGGCACCAUCGAGCCUGAUUCUGAUGUUACAAAAGUUAACGAGCUUCAAUCGACAAUAGAAAAACAGAGUACUGAAAUUAGCAGUUGGCAAAGGCGAGUCGCCGAAUUAACUUCGCGUAUAAGCGACCUGGAAGAAACUUUAGCGAAAACACAAAAGGAAUUAUUGAAAUCCCAAGACUCUUGUUCUAAAUUGCAAAGAGAUCUUAGAGAAAAUGCAGCUCAAAAGGAAGAUCAAGAAGAAAGGAUUAGCACUUUGGAAAAAAGGUACUUGAAUGCACAGAGAGAAUCGACAUCACUUCACGACCUCAAUGAAAAAUUAGAACAAGAGCUUCAACACAAAGAAGCACAAAUGAAGCUACAAGAAGAUAAAAUCAGAGCCAUUCAAGAAAAACUAGAACUUUCUGAACAAAAAUUAGAACAGUUUUUAAAGUUACCAGACAUGGAAGAAGAAUUAAAACAAAGAAUGGAAGCAUUAACUCAGGCACAAGAAAGACACGGGUCGGCCGAAGAUCGUAUACAAAGACUAGAAGCUCAGCUGGAAGAGAAAAACGCUGAAUUGCUUAGAUUAAAUCAAAGGUUAAAAAUGAACGAAGAGCACAACACGAGGUUGGGAGCGACGGUGGAUAAACUUUUAUCGGAGUCAAAUGAUAGGCUUCAGGUUCAUUUACAGGAGAGAAUGCACGCGUUGGAAGAGAAAAAUUCUCUCGCUCAGGAAUUGGAAAAAGCUAGGAAAAAAGUAGAAGAUUUGCAAAGCGAAAAGGGUGAAAUUUGCAAAGAACUGAGCAAGGCGAGAUUAGAAAUAGACAAUGUUAAAAGGCAAAUGCUUCAACAAGAAAUCGCUUUCAACAUUCAACAAACGGAUGCCCUCACUCGAAGCUUAUCCCCAAGUGCAAACGAUCAAAAUUUUGUCAGGAGUUCCAGUCACACGAGUUUCGAAUCUCAUUCCCUGCGACGGUCUCAAAAGGGAAGACAUGGCGUCGUACUGGACGGAGAUCCAAAUAAAAUUCGAGCACUUGGAGAACAAGAAUGGGAAAAAAUUCAACAGGCUCACGUGUUGGCUAAUGUGCAACAAGCAUUUGACGUAUCCAGCGAUGCCGAAGGAGACGAUAAUGAGAGUAUUUUCAGUGCUGCUGAUAUUCUUUCACCAUCGGGGCAUACCGACGCUCAGACUCUUGCUCUCAUGUUGCAAGAACAGUUGGAUGCCAUAAAUAAUGAAAUUAGACUGAUUCAAGAAGAAAAGCAAAACACGGAAGCGAGAGCAGAGGAAUUGGAGUCACGAGUUGGGAGUCGCGAACACAUGAAUCUUCUAGUCAGGGGACGAAAUUUUGAAAGAACGUCUCCUCCAUUAUCUGGUCGUUCAACCCCUAAGUCACAUCACUCACCCAGCAGGGAUUAUCUUCAUAAAUUUCAUACGAUGCAGUUGGCAACAAUGUCUAGUGAGCUGUCGAAAGAAGAAUUACAUUCCGUUUUACAAGGGGACAGUUCAGGCGGUGCUAGCCCUCUUACCGCGAGAUCUCUUAAAUUAGAAAGAGUUGCUGAAGCUUUGGCCAAAAGUCAGGAAGAAUCGAGAAGACGAGCUGGAGGUGGUGUCAAUUGUUUGACUCCGGUUUUUCCCGCCCAACAUGCCAUGGGCCCGUUAAGGCCUGGUCUUCAUAAAAGUACUCCAUCCCCUAUGUCUUCUCGUCACAGCAGUCAAGAUUCCCUGCACAAGCAUUUGAUUCAAAGCGGUCCCGUUCCCGUCGGCGGUUCCGAAACGGUUUCUUCAGCUGCAGCCGCAGCCGCCGCCGCAGCAGCAGCAGCUGCUGCUCAGAAGAAGAAGGGCAUCAAGUCUUCCCUGGGCAGACUUUUUAGCAAAAAAGAAAAGGUUCAACAAAUACCAAAUGUCAUGCAAGGUGGAAUGCAUGAAUCCAGUUCCGCUUUAUCGACGUCAAUGGCCGAAGGAGAAAUAAGCGGAAUCGAUCCUAUGGGAAUGACGGGUUCGAUCGGUUCGAAAAGCGAUUUCGACCGUAGGAAAAAGAAAAAUGACUAUUGCACAUUCAGGCACGAACUCCUUGCGGAAGCCAUGAAAGCCGGAACUCCUUUCGCUCUGUGGAACGGUCCAACGAUCGUGGCUUGGUUAGAACUUUGGGUUGGAAUGCCAGCGUGGUACGUCGCCGCUUGUCGUGCGAACGUCAAAUCGGGUGCUAUAAUGUCGGCUCUUAGCGACACGGAAAUCCAACGGGAAAUCGGUAUCAGUAAUCCGUUGCACAGGUUAAAACUCCGACUCGCUAUACAGGAAAUGGUCUCGCUAACGAGUCCGUCGGCUCCAAAGACAUCACGCACAACCCUCGCAUUUGGCGACAUGAACCACGAAUGGAUUGGUAAUUAUUGGUUACCGAGUUUAGGACUACCUCAGUAUAGAACGACUUUUAUGGAAUGUCUGGUCGAUGCCAGAAUGUUGGAUCAUCUGACUAAAAAAGACCUUCGGGGUCAAUUGAAAAUGGUGGACAGUUUUCACAGGACGAGUCUGCAGUUUGGCAUAUCAUGUUUAAAAAGAUUAAAUUACGACAGGAAGCAAUUAGAGAAUAGAAGAAAAAUAGCGGAUAAUAGUUUAGUGGAUGUUUUGGUUUGGUCGAACGAACGACUUAUAAGAUGGGUGUCAUCCAUUGGAUUGAAAGAAUAUGCGAAUAAUUUAGUCGAGUCCGGAGUUCACGGGGCAUUGAUUGCUUUAGAUGAUAGUUUCGAUCACAAUGCUUUGGCACUCGCAUUACAAAUACCAAAUCAAAAUACUCAGGCUCGUCAAAUGUUAGAUUUGGAAUUUAACAAUCUUUUAACGGUAGCAACGGACCGACAAAUCGAAGCGGAAGGACCAAAAUCCUGA